CUCUCGUGGGACCGACGCUCGUUGCACUUCGUACCAUGUACCGGUAAAUAGCUACUUAAUGUCGAGUCCUGAAUAAAUCCCGUAGCAGAAAUACGUGUACGGUACAAAAAAUAUGAGAGUCCUUGCAAACAAAACCGGUUUGAAAUUUCAGUUCGAAUCACUGUAAUCUGAUUUUUUCGCAAGACAGUAGCGCUUUUCCUAAAGUAAUACAGUAAUGACGACAGACUGACCACAAUAGUAAUAACAAAAUGACGUCCAGGGAUACUCGUUUAGCGUUUGAGUUGGAAGGAACAGAGUUAGAUGAACUCGAAGCUUUGAAUGGAAGAGAAAUAUCGGAGGAUUCCAAAGCAACAAAACCAAGGAGUAUCAAUUGUCUUCAAUUUGCCGAGUUCUUGAAAUAUCACUACCGAUGUAAUAAGCGUUCCAAUAAAGCUAAACUCAUAUUGGCCGUUGCAAUAUUGAUAGGAAUAUGCAGUGUUUAUUAUUCCGGAUUUUUUCCCUCAAAGGGCAACAAACAUCCACCAAUUGCACGCAGAGAAGAAGACCGGGUAAUUUAUGCAGGCGCGCCACCUCCGGGGUGGGAUAUGCAGGUUCCACGACAGGCCGUAGAUUCUCCACAUCCACUUAUCAAUCCCCCCAUAGCCGUGAAUGAUCCUUAUGGUUGGAUGCGUGAUGAGACUCGAUCGAAUCCAGAGGUCCUGCGGCAUUUGAAAGACAACAACGAAUACACCGAAUCCAAAACAAAACACUUGAAGAAAUUGAAAGAGUCGUUGUACAACGAAAUGAAAUCCUUCAUGCUAGAAACUUCUCAUUCUUUUCCGAAUCUGAUAGGGGAUUAUUACUAUUACCGACGAACUAUUAAAGGAAAGCCUUAUCCAUUGCAUGUGAGAGCUCCAAAGCCUUUGCCACCACCAAGUGACAAUGAGAACAAAAGUGAAUUCUAUGCUAAUUUUCUGAAAAAAUAUCUUACUCUUUGGGACGGAUCGCAAUCCACACCGAUACUCCCAAAUGAAGUUGUGUAUCUCGACGAAAACAAACUAGCCGAUGGUUUCGAAUAUUUCGAUGUUGGAUCACUAGAAAUUUCGCCCUCCGGAGAUCUGGUGGCGUACACGGUUGACACGCAAGGGAAUGAAUUCUACGAACUGAUUAUCCAACGAUUCGACAAUGGAGACAGUCUUCGAAUAGAGGAUUCUCAGAACGACGGUAGUGGUUCACCAAUAAUUAUCAGCAACGACAUUGUAUGGGGCACCGACGAUAUAACACUGUUUUACACAAAAACAGAUGAGGCGGGGCGUCCUUAUCAAGUCUUUUGUCGAACAUUCGUAAACGAAAAAGUGUCAGAAGAAGAGCUGAUUUUUGAAGAACUGGAAAGCUUGUACUACGUAGGCAUUGGCAAGACAGCUGAUGAAAACUACUUACUCAUCUACAAUGGUUCCUUCGAGUCAAGUGAAGUUCAUUAUAUUGACAUUUCGGUAGGAUCUACUUUUUCAAAGUCGCCUUUGAUUAUUGCCGAUCGAAUACCAGACACUACGUACUAUGUUGAACACUACAAAGGUAACUGGUUGAUAAAUUCAAAUGUUGGAACCGGUAGCGACAUGCAACUCUGGAAAUCGAAAGUUAACGAUGACUCGGAAUGGUCACGUCUUACGGACCCAAAGAGCGGCAAACCCUUGCUCGAUGGGAUUCCGAUUGAGGGUUUUGAUGUAUUCGAGAAAUAUUUAGUGAUUCAAGGUCGUAUUAAUGGUUUAAUGCAACUAUGGGUCGCCGAAGUUGAUGAUGAUUCUAAUGUUAUCCGCCUGGAACAGUUGAAGUGGAAUGCCGAGCCCGCAUAUUCUAUUGGUAUGGGUUAUAAUGAAAAUUAUAAUGCAUCCUCUAUAUUGGUCAAUUAUGAGUCUCUUGUAAGUAAUCCAUACGAUUGGAAACAGGAAUUUGAUUUCCUUUCGCUGCAAUUUUGUGUUCGAGCAUUUCUCACCCUACUUUGUCAUCUUGCAAGACGACUCCCUUGCAAUACGUGCAAGUAGACCUCCGUGAACCUUCCAAUAACGACAAGCGAAUAAUUGUGAUGACGAAACCUACCCCAAACUAUGAAAGUGACAGAUAUGUUUGUGAUCGAAUAACCGUUACUUCCCGUGACGGCAAGACUGAAAUCCCAGUAUCCUUGGUCUACUUGAAAUCGACGAUGGAACAAGCAAUUUUACCCCAAUCUUACGUUCCGCUCCAUCUUUAUGCAUAUGGCGCUUACGGUGAGAGCAUCGAGGACACUUUCUCUUCUGUUCGAAUGACAUUAGUCAAUCGUGGUAUCAUAUACGCGAUCGCACAUGUCCGAGGCGGCGGUGAGCUAGGCAGGCAGUGGUACGAGAAUGGCAAGUUCUUGAUGAAAACGAAUACGUUCAAUGACUUCAUCGACGUAGGUCGUCACUUCGUCGAAACUAAAAGCUGGACCACUCCAAGUUUAAUGUCUUGCGAAGGAAGGUCUGCGGGUGGUUUGACCAUAGGUUCCGUCUUGAAUCAAGCUCCGGAUCUUUUUCGUGUAGCUUUAUUAGGUGUUCCGUUUGUUGAUUUGGUAGCCACUAUGGCCGACGCUUCGAUUCCUCUCACCGCGGGAGAGUGGGAAGAAUGGGGAAAUCCAAACGAGGAGUAUUUCUUUCAAUACAUGAUGGAUUAUAGCCCGAUGAAUAAUAUCCAAGCCGGUGUAGAGUAUCCCAGUUGCCUGAUAAAAGCGGGACUCUAUGACCCACGCGUUGCUUACUGGGAGCCACUCAAAUAUACUGCAAGUCUACGACAUGGAGUAUCGAACGACGACGAAAACCGACCAAUUUGCCUACAAACAGACAUGGCAGCAGGUCAUUUCAGUGCUAGUGACCGGUACAAACAUAUCCGAUCCACAGCGUUCGACUAUUCGUUCCUCUUGUGGCAACUCGGAUUUACUUCGUGAUGAAUAAAAUCGCCUAAAUGCC